UUCAAACGCAGGAAAAUCUUUUUAAAUAUUUUUAAAGUUGGUGCAGAAAUGUGGCAGUUCCUGUUUUUAAUAAUGUUUGUUAACUUGCAUGCUAAAGAGACUAUAUUUUAUGAUACGUUUCGUGGAGAAAUUAUAAGCCAGGAAACUUUGAAACAACAUAUAAAGGCGAAUACAACAUUUUUUUGCACAAUAGAAAUCGAACCUUGUAACCCCAAUGAAGGUAGACGUCUAGACGGGUCCUGCAACAAUCUGCAGCAACCCUCGAGAGGUGCUGGCCGGUCGCCUUUCAAGAGGGUACUACCUGCGCACUACGGGAAAGGAUUUGAACCCAGACCGGCCCAGUCAGGCGAUCCUCUACCUCUAACCCGACGCGUGCGCACCACGUUAUUGCCCAGCGGCAUUCGUCCCGAUCAAACCUUCACUCAGCUAGCCACUCACUUCUUCGUGUUCAUAGCUUCAGAUGUCGUCAAUGUUCAAGAUACAAUAAACUACAUUCUAUGGAAGCCUUACUGCUGCCUCCCGAAAGGCAAGUCUGACCCAAUGUGCACCCCCAUAAGCGUUCCGAACGACGACCCUGUCCACAGGUUCUCGGAUAUAAGAUGUCUCAACCUGACUCGACCCAUCACCUAUCAGUCAAGUGGCUGCUUGAUGAAUGGCACCAUACCAGAACGAAUUAACGCAGCCACGCCACUAUUUGACUUAUCCAUCUUGUAUGGUAACACGAAAAAGAGUGUUCUAGAAAAAGCUAGACUGUUCUCAGGAGGGCUACUGAAAUAUGAGUUGGAAGAUAAUCGUGUGUGGCCCCCGAAAGCUCACACGAUGCCGAAUCUUUGUUUACUAAAUGAAGCACCUCAUGAGACUAGAUGCCAUAAUACAGCCGAAGAUGGAAUAAACACGCUUUUUGGUAUCAAUAUUGUUUCAAUUUGGUUUUGGCGUAACCAUAACAGAAUAGCUUCACAACUAGCAGCUAUAAACCCAUGCUGGGAUGACGAGAAGCUAUUUUAUACUGCGAGAGAUAUUAAUAUUGCUACAUAUGUGCAAAUAUUCUAUUAUGAAUUCCUGCCAAUAUUACUUGGUUGGGACAAUUUAAAGAAUGACUUUGUCCUAGCUUCUCAUCCAGGGUUCCGAGAUAUUUACAAUAGCAACGUAGUACCGCAAAUAUCGUUGGAGUUUCCUUAUAUACUCCGAUGGGCUCAUCUUAUGCAGGAAGGAAGACUCAAGAUGUACGAUCAAAGCGGACAUUACUUAAAGCAAAUACCAAUAGUGAACCUAACUUUACGAACGGGAUAUCUUGCUAUCGAUGAUAACAUUGAUCAUAUGACACAAGGAAGUUUUCGACAGGCCAGCGGUAAAGUUGACUAUGUGAUCGAUCCUGAUAUGGCUGACGUUGUCCUCGGACGGCACCAGCGUGCUUCGGACGUAGCUACAAGCGACUUGACUAAAGGAAGAUAUUUUGGUUUUCCUUCUUACAUAAAAUACCGAGAGUAUUGCUCCGGGUACAGGGAAAACUUGAACAGUUUUGAAGAUUUGGAUGAUUUAAUUGAUGCUGACAAAUUGGAACUCCUCAAAGAUAUUUAUAACGACGUAAAUGAUAUAGAACUUAUGGCUGGUGUGUGGGUGGAAAAACCAGUUAGGGGUGGUUACGCUCCUCCCACAUUCUACUGUUUGGUGGUGGAUCAGCUCAUAAGAAGCGUGGUAUCUGACAGACACUGGUACGAACGCCCGAAUCGACCAAAUGCCUUUACUCCAAGACAACUUCAUGAAAUAAGAAAAGCUACGAUUUCGCAGCUCUUAUGCGAUGUCGGUGAUAAAGUGACGCAAAUCCAGCGACAUGGAUUUAUACGUUCUGGUCCCACAAACCAAAUGGUCAUGUGCAAAGACAUCGUAAAAAUGGAUUUGACAGCCUGGAGAGACACGAGAUGCGGAAAUUGAUCACAAUUUUAAUAAGUCUUUUUUUUUUAAAUAAAUACCUACCAAUAAUAACUGCACUUAAGUUUCUGAAACAACGGUCGUAUGAGUACCUAAUCAUUUCCUGCAUAAAAACUGUAAACACAUGAAGGAUAUCUAUUAGGUACCUAUUUAAGUUCAUGUAUUAACUAAAAAGGAACUACAUACUUACUAGCGUUUGCCCGCGGCUUCGC